AUGACUACCACUCAGCUGCCCGCCAACCUCGCCAAUGACUUUGAUUUCGUUAUCGUCGGCGGUGGCACCGCUGGCUGCGUCAUUGCCAGCCGUCUCGCCGAGUACCUGCCCCAGAAGAAGAUCCUCAUGAUCGAGGCUGGUCCCUCGGACUUCAUGGAUGAUCGCGUGCUGCUGCUCAAGGACUGGCUGAACCUGCUGGGCGGCGAGCUCGACUACGACUACGGCACCGUCGAGCAACCCAUGGGUAACUCGCACAUCCGCCACUCGCGCGCCAAGGUUCUCGGCGGCUGCUCCUCGCACAACACCCUCAUUUCCUUCCGUCCCUUCGAGUACGACUGCAACCGCUGGGUCGAGCAGGGCUGCAAUGGCUGGGACUUCAAAACCUUCACCCGCGUCCUGGACAACCUCCGCAACACCGUCCAGCCCGUCCACGCCCGCCACCGCAACCAGCUCUGCAAGGACUGGGUCAACUCGUGCUCCACGGCCAUGAAGAUCCCCGUCAUUGAGGACUUCAACAAGGAGAUCCGCAGCACCGGCUCGCUCAAGCAGGGUGUCGGCUUCUUCUCCGUCUCCUACAACCCCGACGAUGGCCGCCGUAGCUCCGCCUCCGUCGCCUACAUCCACCCCAUCCUCCGCGGCGAAGAGAAGCGCUCCAACCUGACCAUCCUGACCAACGCCUGGGUCAGCAAGGUCAACGUCGAGGGCGACCGCGUCACCGGUGUCAACAUCACCCUGCAGAGCGGCGAGAAGCGCGUCCUGCGCUCCAAGGCCGAGACCAUUCUGUGCGCCGGCGCUGUCGACACUCCCCGUCUCAUGCUGCUGUCCGGUCUUGGUCCCAAGCAGCAACUCACCGACCUGGGUCUGCCCGUCGUCCGCGACCUCCCCGGUGUUGGCGAGAACCUGCUCGACCACCCCGAGUCCAUCAUCCUGUGGGAGCUGAACAAGCCCGUCCCUGCCAACCAGACCACCAUGGACUCGGACGCCGGUAUCUUCUUGCGCCGCGAGAUCCCCAACGCGGCCGGCAAGGACGGUAACAUUGCCGAUGUCAUGAUGCACUGCUACCAGAUCCCCUUCUGCCUGAACACUGCUCGUCUUGGCUACGACACCCCCAUCGAUGCGUUCUGCAUGACUCCCAACAUUCCCCGCCCCCGUUCCCGCGGCCGCAUCUACUUGACCUCGGCCGACCCGACGGUCAAGCCCGCGCUCGACUUCCGCUAUUUCACCGACCCGGAGGGCUACGACGCGGCCACCAUCGUCGCGGGUCUCAAGGCCGCGCGCGAGAUCGCCAAGCAGGAGCCCUUCGCGUCGUGGAUCAAGCGCGAGGUCGCGCCCGGCCCGAAGGUCAAGACGGACGAGGAGCUGUCGGAGUACGGCCGUCGCGUCGCACACACGGUGUACCACCCCGCAGGCACCACCAAGAUGGGCAACGUUCUGCGCGACCCCAUGGCGGUCGUUGACGCGCAGCUCAAGGUCCGCGGCCUCAAGGGCGUGCGUAUCGCUGAUGCUGGUGUCUUCCCCGAGAUGCCCACCAUCAACCCCAUGCUUACGGUUCUGGCGGUCGGUGAGCGUGCCGCGGAGCUCAUUGCUGAGACUUGGGGCUGGAAGGGCAUGGAGAGGCAGAAGCUGUAA